GGGGACGCGAGCGGGGACCAUGAGGGGGCUCGGGGCCAUCGCGGUUCUGGGGACGCUCCUGCUCCUGGCUGAGGCUCAGCGGCGAGCCGCUGGCCGGAGCCCUGGCCGGAGCCGUGGCCGGAGCCCGGCGUGGAGCGGGCGGCCGGCGCCGUUCGGACCUGGGACACGGCGCUGUACCCCGCCCUGGCAGCAGGGGACCCGUGACUGCUGGCGAGGUGGCGAUGUCACCUUCGACAUCAGCAACGACGCUCCCACCAUGGCGGGUGCCCAGGCCACCUUCUCCAUCGCCCUGCGCUUCCCGGGCAACCAGAACGUGCUGCCCGAUGGCCGCGUGGUGUGGGGGCAGAACUGCACCGUCAACGGCACGCGGGUGGCACAGGGGGACCCGGUGUUCGCGGAGCAGCCGGACGCCAGCGGGACCUUUCCCGACGGGCAGCCCAUGCCCAGGGGCAAGCGGGGCAAGUUCGUCUACGUCUGGUGGACAUGGGGCCGCUACUGGCAGGUGGUGGACGGGCCGGUGUCGCGGCUCACGGUGGGCACGGCCGGGGUGGCCCUGGGCUCGUACACCAUGGAGGUGGCCGUGUACCACUACCGGGGCCUCCAGAAGUUCAUCCCCAUCGGCCACGCCAGCUCCCAGUUCAGCAUCACCGACCAAGUCCCGCUGGCCGUGGAGGUGUCGCAGCUGCAGGACGCGGGGGCCGGCGCCGGGCGCUUCGUGCGGAACCGCGCGGUGGCGUUCGCCGUGCGGCUGCACGACCCGAGCCGCUACCUGCGCCACGCCGACGUGUCCUACUCGUGGGACUUCGGCGACCGGAGCGGGACCCUGAUCACGCGCAGCGCCACCGUCACCCACACCUACCUGGACACCGGCACCUUCUCGGCCCGCCUGGUGCUCCAGGCCGCCAUCCCGCUCAGCCCCUGCGGCUCCACGACCGCGCCGGGCCCCACCGGGGCUCCCACCGGGGCCACCGGGCCCGUGGCCACCACCCCGGCCGGGGCACAGAGCACGGUGACGGUGGCCAGCACGGCCCCCGCAGCCUCCGGGGAUCUCGUGGAGCCCACGGGGGGCUCGGCGGCGGAACCCUCGGACCCCGCUGUCACCGAGCCCGCUGUCCCCAUUGUCACCGAGCUCUCGGUCCCCACCGCCACCGAUCCCGCUGUCACCGCCGCCAUCGAGCCCUCUGUCGCCGCUGUCACCGAGCUCUCCUCCGCCGCCGCCCCCGCCCUCGCUGCCAGCACCGCGGCUGUCGCCUCCUCCGUGUCCCCCGCUGUCGCCACCGCGGCCGGGGACACCUCUGUCACCGCGGUCCCCGCGGAGGGGACAGCGGCUGCAGAUGCGGCGACAGACGGAGGCGCGGGUGGUGUCACAGCUGCGGCCACCGUUGGAUCGGCCACCGCUGGAUCGGCCACAGCUGGAUCUGCCCUCGAUGCCACCGCUGCAGCCACGCUUGGUGUCACGGUGGAUGCCACCACAGAAGCCACCGCGGGAGCCGCUGCUGUGUCCCUGGCCGCUGCCACAGUUGGCGCCACAGCUGGAGCCACAGUUGGCGCCACAGCUGGUGCCACAGCUGGUGCCACAGCUGGAGCCACAGCUGGCGCCACAGCUGGCACCACAGCCCAGCCGCUGGCACUGGUCAAGCGCCAGGCCCCGGCCGAGGGCUCGCCCGGCUGCGUCCUGUACCGCUACGGCACCUUCUCCACCCAGCUGGACAUCGUCCAGGGCAUCGAGAGCGUGGCCAUCGUGCAGGUGGUGCCCGAGGGCGGCGGCAGCAGCGUGGAGCUGACGGUGACGUGCGAGGGCGGGCUGCCCGAGGAGGUGUGCACGGUGGUGGCGGACCCCGAGUGUCGCACGGCGGAGGCGGAGUCGUGCUCGGCGGUGUCGCCGUCGCCCGGCUGCGAGUUCGUGCUGCGCCAGGACUUCAACCGCUCCGGCCUCUUCUGCCUCAACGUGUCCCUGGCCAACGGCAACGGGCUGGCCGUGGCCACCACCCGCGUGGCCGUGGGAGGAGCUGCUCCGGCCACCGGCCGUGCCACGCUGUUCCUGGGGCUCGUGCUGGUGGCGGCCGCCCUGGGCACGGCCGCGUACACCUACAGACGAGUCAAGCACCCGGCGCUGUCCCCCGCGCCCCCCACGCCCCCCGGGCGGCCCCGGGGGUGGCUGUCCCCAAAUGUCACCGUGCGGCGGCUGCUGCGGCGCGCCCUGGGCGGGGCCCCGAGCGGCGAGAGCAGCCCCCUCCUCCGGGGCCGCUCCGUCUAGGGACCCCCGCCCCAAAACCAGCCCCCCAAAAACCCCCCCGGACCCCCCCCAGCUCCGGGGUUGGGGACACGCGUGGUGGCCUCGGUGGCACCGAGAUUAAAGGCACCGGUGUGGCCGCG